AUGGAGGAGCUGGCAAGAGAGAGCGUUAACCUCCUAGCAAAGCCAAAAGCUCUGGACACAGGGAGAGCAAGCCUGUCCUCCUCUGGAGCGGUAUUCAUCAUGUUAAAGUCAGCCCUUGGUGCUGGACUCCUCAACUUCCCUUGGGCUUUUAGCAGAGUAGGAGGAAUACACUCAGCCAUCGCAGUGGAGAUGGUUUCUCUCAUCUUCCUCAUCAGUGGCCUGGUGAUCCUCGGUUACUGCUCUUCAGUCAGCAACCAGUCUACCUACCAGGGAGUGGUAAAGGAGAUCUGUGGACCGGCCAUUGGGAAACUCUGCGAAAUCUGCUUUGUCUUUAAUGUCUUCAUGAUCUCAAUCGCGUUUCUUGUUGUUGUCGAAGAUCAGCUCAGCAAAUUGUGCGACUCAAUGGCUAACAACGAAACCACGUCAGAGGGUUUACAAUCCCCACGGCCAUGGUACACGGACCACCAACUGGGGCUAUCUGCUGUCUGCCUCUUGGUCAUCCUGCCACUAUCGGUCCCUGAAGAGAUUGGCUUUCAGAAGUACAUCAGUAUCCUGGGGACUUUGGCAGCCACAUAUUUAACAAUUAUGGUUGUUGUGAAAUUCUACCUGAUGAAGGAUUCCACUUCCAUCCCAGAACAUCACAGCUCCAGUGUUCCUUCAUGGACAGCCAUGUUCACGGUUGUGCCAACAAUCUGCUUUGGAUUCCAGUGUCAUGAGGCUAGCGUCGCAAUCUAUAGCAGCAUGCAGAACAGGAAACUAUCCCACUGGACCCUCAUCUCUGUGCUCUCCAUGAUCGCAUGCCUCCUCAUUUACUCUAUUACAGGAAUGUAUGGAUACUUAACAUUUGGUAUGGAUGUGGAAGCAGAUGUCCUAAUGUCAUAUCCAGAUAAUGAGGUGCUCAUAAUAAUAGGGAGGCUGCUCUUUGGGAUUUCCAUCAUCACCAUCUAUCCCAUAAUACUCCAUUUGGGGAGGUCUGUGAUUCAGGAUCUGUGUGUAAAGCAUCGGCCUCAGAAUGUGGUGCUCACAUCAGCUUACGAGAGGAGAUUGAGAGUGUUGCUGACAACCUGCUGGGUCCUGGUCACCAUGGGGAUAGCGCUGUUUGUUCCAGACAUCAGUGAGGUCAUCAGUCUCAUUGGAGGCAUCAGUGCAUUCUUCAUUUUCAUAUUCCCAGGGCUGUGUCUAGUGUGUGCAAUGCAAACUGAGCCAGUCUCUCCCAGAGUCAGGUUGUGUUUGAUUGUCUGGGGAACAGUCGCAAUCCUGUGUGGAGUGUUCAUCUUUGGACAGAGUACAGCCACUGCAGCAAUGGAGCUUAUACAACGCCUGGUCUAA